AUGACGCAGCAGGAGUCCCUGAAGGAGGCGAUGCGUGAGGUGCUGGAGGCGAAGGGCGUGAUGGACCACGUCAAGGCGGAACUGCGCGCCGCCAUUUUUCACGCGAUGCAGGACUCCGCCAUGCACGACGACGGCGCGCCCUCGGCCAGGCCGCCGGUUCCGCCGGAGAAUUUGCUGCUUAACGAGUUGAUCAAAGAGUACAUGGCGUUCAACGGGAUGGAGCACUCGCUAUCGGUCUUCUGCGCGGAGUCCGGGGCCGCGAAAAACACAUCGGCCCCUCUUCCGCGUGCCGUUCUUGCCGCGCAGUUGAACAUGACGGGGGCGCCAGCGUCGGUGCCUCUCCUGUACUCCAUGCUGCAUGAAGCCCGCGCCGCGGCAGAUGGAUAG